UACAUUAUUAAUAUUCUAUUUUCUUUUCUAGGUGUUACAUACCUUUCAAGUACUGGUGGCUACUCAAUUAGCUAUGAUGAGUGUGUACCAGGUGUAACAGCACUGGAUAAAACUUAUCGACGUUUAACUGUCAAUUCAAUCCAUAUUUGAUUCUUUUCCUACUUUGAAGUUAGGGUCUUUCAAUAAACCAGAAAUGUGGUCCAUCUUGGCGUGUUAGCAUCACAGGUGUAAAUCGAGUUAUCCCACAAGAUUCUCAUGUGGAAUGGCAUUUUUUUAUUUUUUAACUAAAUCAUUAAGCGAAGUAAAUAGCGUCGUAACUUACAUUGCGAUUGGUGUGUGUAGUUUUGGUUCCAAAAUCGACGAGCUAAAUGGCGCAAAACGGAGCGGAUGAAGGACGAGCAAAAAAGACGAGAAGAAGAACAGGAACGAGUGACUGAUCGCCAAUCUAACGAGCAAGAUCCGAAUGAAGGUGAUGGAGGAGAUGCCAGUCCGGAUGUGGAACAGCUGGAAUGCGAGUCAAGACGAGGUAGCCCAUCGAAUCAAGUCAACAUCGACGUCGAUGAUGAUAGUCAGACGGCUAUUAGCUUGGCACGAUGAUAGCAAAGUCGACGAUGAUCGUUCAGACGAAAGAAGUCACAGCAGCAACAGCGACGGAAGCAUCCGCCACAACAACCGCCGUGAUGGUACUCCAACGGCGGCAAGUAUUCGAGAAGAAGUGUAUUCCAUCAGCCCGUCUGCUGGAACGUCUGCUGAAUCCAAGAGUCGACAGACUUUUCAUCCGCCAUCCACGUCCAGCACUCCAGCAGUGACAACCGAAUCGGCUAAAUUAUCAGUCGGUGGCAGUUUGUUAGGAAGUGGCACCAACAACAAUCCAAACAGUUUCCCAUUCGGCUCUUCUUACGGAUCGCAUCUUCUCCCACUUCCGCACAGGUAA